UGUUUGUGACGAGGUACUUGGAUCUGUUCACCGAUUUCAUAUCGGUGUACAAUUCGGUGAUGAAGGUGGUGUUCAUUUCGAGCUCGGUCGCGAUCGCCUGGUGCAUGAGGAGGCAUCCGGUGGUGAGGAGAAGCUACGAUAAGGACCAGGACACGUUUCGGCAUUACUUUCUGAUUGCUGGGUGCUUGGCCCUCGCGCUUGUGUUCAACGACCGCUUCACUCUUAAGGAGGUUCUUUGGGCAUUUUCGAUAUACUUGGAGGCAGUGGCAAUUCUUCCGCAGUUAGUUUUGCUUCAGAGAAGUGGAAAUGUGGACAAUUUGACUGGUCAAUAUGUUUUCUUUCUCGGGGCUUAUCGUGCAUUUUACAUCCUCAACUGGAUCUACCGCUACUUCUAUGAGGCACAUUAUACUCGCUGGAUACCUUGGAUAGCGGGUUUCAUCCAGACUGCUCUCUAUGCUGAUUUCUUCUAUUACUACUAUCUAAGCUGGAAAAACAAUUCUAAGCUUCAACUGCCAGCUUGAGCGGGAUACCUUCAAUCUGUUGUUCAAGAGGUAAUGCAGCUGGAAACUGUAUGUUAGUUUUAUGAGGAUUCAGGCUGAAGGAUACAGAAUCAUAGUUAGGAUAAAUCGGAGCGAGGAUCUUAGUUUAUGUUGUUGUCAUUAACUGUAAAACCUGAUUUUUAGUGUCAUCUAUGUCAACAUGAUAGUUUCACAAUGAGGAGGAAGAGAAAUGUGCAUACUGAUGGAUUUCUUGAGGAAGAGCUUUUGAUGGGUGGUUUUGUGAAUUUUUCUCAGAUGUUAACACAGUAGGUUUUAAAAGCAAGGCCAAUAACUCAUAUUAGGCA